AUGUUGUGGUGUGUUUCCCAGAUGACAGCCCUAGGGAGAGCCACUGGCGACGUCGUGCUCAAGUUUGAACCAUUCGUGCUUCACGUGCUGUGCCGAGAGCUGCGGGAUGCACAGCUUCUGCAUUCGGCAGCCAUCGAAUCCGGGUUCAGGAACUCCGGCAUUACGGUUGGCAGAGGCGGAAAGAUUGUGAUGGCCGUCCGGAGCACUCACUGCCUGGAAGUCCCGCUGAGCCGCCAGGGAAAACUGAUGGUCUCCGAAGAAUAUAUUGAAUUCCUGGUAGAUGUAGCUAAUGGGAAGAUGGAAGAAAACUCAAGGAGGAUUGACAGGUUCUACAGAUGCUUGGAGUUGGCCCUGAACGCGGCGGCCAGCACCAACAACGCCCCCCCUGAGGGGACGGAGGAGGAUCGCCCCGUGUACGUCCGCAGAAGGAGGAGAAGGACCGUUCCACGAGGUGCACGCGCCUCUGCAGAGGAUCACGGCGAAGAAUUGGAGCCCGAGGAUGAUACAGGGAGCAGCCUCGGUAUUCUGGCUGCAGUCCUGGUGUAG